GUUAUCCAUAAAAGCUUCUUUAAAACCAUACGACAAACGGAAAAGGAGGCACUUUAGAUAGGACGUGCGUUUCCUGUGCGUGUUGGAUACAUGAAUAGUGUCACCGGCAGCAGUUUAACCAGGGCGCACAGUUUUUGCUGAAUUGAAAGGUUUAUCUGAAAUUUCCCAGCUAACCCAGCUAGCCGGUUACCAAGGUAACAUUGGCCGUUAGGCGUUCAUUGGUUUCAAAGUAAACAAUAUUUCAUUCUAGGCCAAGCAAUAUACAGUAACUGCAUAUAGAUGCACCGUAUAUAUGAAGUCCGUAAAUAAACAUUACGUUUCACAUGUGAACCUUGGUACAUGGAGCAGUAUAGUAUUCUGGGCCGGAUCGGAGAAGGAGCCCAUGGCAUCGUAUUCAAGGCCAAACACGUCGAGACAGGGGAGACUGUGGCUCUAAAGAAAGUGGCUCUGAGGAAGCUGGAGGAUGGCAUCCCCAACCAGGCUUUGAGGGAAAUCAAGGCCCUGCAGGAGAUCGAGGACAACCAGUGUGUUGUGAAGCUGAAAGACGUCUUUCCUCAUGGCACUGGCUUUGUUUUGGUGUUUGAUUUCAUGCUGUCUGACCUCUCUGAGGUCAUCAGGAACUCUGAGCAAACUCUGACCCCGGCUCAGGUCAAAGGUUACAUGAUGAUGCUGCUGAAGGGCGUCACUUUCUUGCAUCACAACAACAUCAUGCACCGGGACCUGAAGCCAGCAAACCUCCUCAUCAGCUCCUCAGGUCAUCUGAAGAUCGCAGACUUUGGUCUGGCCAGACUGUUCAGUGAGCAGGGAGAGAGACUGUACAGCCACCAGGUGGCCACCAGGUGGUACCGAGCUCCUGAACUUCUGUAUGGAGCCAGAAAGUACGACGAAGGUGUCGAUCUUUGGGCGGUGGGCUGCAUCUUUGGGGAGCUGCUGAACUCAUCUCCUUUGUUUCCCGGAGAGAACGACAUCGAACAGCUCUGCUGUGUCCUCAGAGUCCUGGGAACACCGACGCAGGAUACCUGGCCUGAGAUAGUGGAGUUACCAGAUUACAAUAAGAUCACGUUCAAGGAGAACCCAGCCAUCCCAUUAGAAGAGAUUGUCCCAGACACGCCCCCUCAGGCCAUCAGUCUACUCUACAAGUUCUUGGUGUAUUCGUCUAAGCAGCGCUGCUCAGCCAGACGGGCCCUCCUCCAUCCCUAUUUCUUUUCCUCCCCCCUUCCUGCUCAUCACUCAGAGCUGCCUAUCCCUCACUUGGGGGGACACCCCCCCCGCCAGCGCCUGCAGCCUCCAUCUCUCGAUCUCUCUGUGGAUCUGCCCCUGCAAAACAACGUGGUGGACCCCACGCUGUUGCAGGGACACGCCACCUGCCUCUGAUCAAGAAAACUGUUGAAUGAUUUUAUUUAUAGACUUUUGUUUAGUUAUGCAGUGUGUAACUAUAUAACUUGGAGAAUACAUUUUAUUUAAAGCCUAAAGAGUCCUAGAGUUUCAUUGAUUUAGAGAACAUGAAUUAAUUAAAACCAAAAGAACAAUUUAUUGUCUAUCAAUUAAGAGAUGCUGCACUUUGGUUGAAUACAUUUUACAGCAACAUG